AUCCACAGCAGGACUGAACUUUGUAAACACAGAGUAUGUUGCAGUGACGAAGUCCGAAGGUUGUAUAGGUCGUCGGAGAUAUAAGAGACACUGCUGCUGUGUCUUAAUCUCAGAAUCGCGCUGCCUACCCAGUGCAUCUUGGUGAAGAGUAUUUUACGUAAGAGGACUCAAUACAUUUUCCAGCAUGAAUUUCCUGUUGGAGACACUGCAGGUGCUCGUCAUGAGCCUGUACUAUAACCUGGAGACUGUGGUCCGGCUAGUCAUUCCACCCCGGCGGAAAAGUGUUGCUGGCGAGACGGUCCUGAUCACUGGGGCAGGGAGUGGCAUUGGCCGACUCCUGUCCCUGCAGUUUGCUAAGCUAGGUGCCCGGCUAGUGCUGUGGGACAUUAACGAGGAGGGGACCAAGGAAACAGCUCGCCUUGUCAUGGAGAAAUACAAUGCCAGGGCCAAAACGUAUGUAUGUGACUGCAGCGAUCGCACAGAGGUCUACCGGGUUGCUGACCAGGUCAAAAGAGAAGUGGGUGAUGUGACGAUUCUGAUCAACAAUGCGGGUAUUGUGACAGGAAAGAAGUUUCUAGAAUCUCCAGAUACCCUAAUAGAGAAGACAGUUGAGGUCAACAGCAUGGCACACUUCUGGACCUACAAGGCCUUUCUCCCAGCAAUGAUUGCGGGUAACCAUGGUCACCUUGUCAGCAUUGCUAGCUCUGCUGGACUAAUUGGAGUAAAUGCACUAGCAGACUACUGCGCUAGCAAGUUUGCUGCAGUGGGGUUUGCCGAGUCCAUGGCUCUGGAGUUACUGGCCACAGGAUGCGACGGAGUAAAGACCACCAUUGUCUGUCCAUUCUUCAUCAACACGGGCAUGUUUGAUGGAGCAAAUACAAAGUGGCCCAGGCUGAUGCCCAUUCUUGAGCCAGAUUAUGUGUGCAGGAAGAUUGUAGACGCCAUCCAGCGGGAUCAGGUGUAUCUCUACAUGCCCCGAAGCGUCUACCUCAUCAUUGGACUGAAGAACAUUUUACCGACAAAGCUUGGCGUGUUGCUGGGACAAUAUCUUGGAGCAUUUGACUUCAUGUCACAAUUCAAAGGUCGUAGUAAGAAGAUACAAUGAGCCUGAAGAAAAAGCACUUAUCAGUUAACUAAUGGGCCAUGAAAAGGUUCUUAACCACUAAUAACGGAUCAAUGUAGUUUUAGGUGAAUAUGAAUGGAAUGAACUAUAAUGAAGGAAUGAAUAUAUCCCUAAGCCUUGUCCACAUAUUUCAGUUUUUGUACUAAAAAAGGAACCUCUUCCACAAAUGCCUGGUAGACUUGCAUUAUGACAUGUAUUUAAUGAUAAGGAUUUUCUCCUCGUAAUGAAGUCUUUUUUUUUUAAAUUUGUUGUAUUUUUUACUUGUAGUGACUAAUUGUUUUCAAAAGUAAUUGUUUUUUUUUUAUGUCUUUUGUAUGCAAAGUACUUCCUAUUCACUGACCAUUAAGGUCUCAUAAAAUAUCUUCAUCAAACCA